CGCUGUGGGAUAGUGCCACUAUAAAGUAUAUCCUCUCUCGGAGGAAGAUAAGAAGCCCUAGACAGACAGGAGGGGGAUGAAGAUGGCGGACGCCAAGCAGAAAAGGAACGAGCAGUUGAAGCGGUGGCUGGGCUCCGAGACGGACCUGGAGCCGCCGAUCCUGAAGAAGAAAAAGACGAAGGUGAAGUUCGACGAUGGCGCCGUGUUCCUGGCCGCCUGCUCCAGCGGCGACACGGAGGAGGUGUUGCGAAUGCUCGACCGCGGCGCCGACAUCAACUACGCCAACGUCGACGGGCUCACCGCCCUCCACCAGGCGUGCAUAGACGACAACCCGGACAUGGUGACGUUCCUGGUGGCGCACGGGGCCAGCAUCAACCAACCCGACAACGAGGGCUGGAUCCCCCUCCACGCCGCCGCGUCCUGCGGGUACCUGGGCAUCGCAGAGUACCUCAUCGGCCACGGGGCCAGCGUGGGCGUGGUGAACAGCGAGGGCGAGACGCCGCUGGACAUCGCCGAGGAGGAGGCCAUGGAGGAGCUCCUGCAGAACGAGAUCAACCGGCAAGGCGUGGACAUCGAGGCGGCCCGCAAGGAGGAGGAGCGCGUCAUGCUGCGAGACGCUCGCCAGUGGGUCAACAGCGGCCAGAUCCAGGACAUCCGGCACGCCAAAUCCGGAGGAACGGCGCUCCACGUCGCCGCCGCCAAGGGCUACGUGGAGGUUUUAAAGCUUUUAAUCCAAGCAGGGUAUGAUGUAAAUAUUAAGGACUACGACGGGUGGACUCCGCUACACGCGGCGGCACACUGGGGCAAGGAGGAGGCCUGCAGGAUACUGGUGGAGAACCUUUGCGACAUGGACGUCAUCAAUAAAAUGGGCCAGACGCCUUUUGACGUCUCGGACGAAGACGUUCUGGGAUACUUGGAAGAGCUGCAAAAGAAACAAAAUCUGCUGAUAAGUGAGAAGAAGGAAGACAAGAAGUCCCCACUGAUUGAAACCACCACCACGGGGGACAACAACCAAUCACUGAAACCACUCAAGAGCAAAGAAAUGCUACUGCUGGAGCCAGAGAAGAGCGCCCCGCGGAUCGAGACCCUGGAGCCCGAGAAGGUGGACGAGGAGGAGGAGGAAGAGGAGGGCAAAAAGGACGAGUCCAGCUGUUCCAGCGAGGAGGAGGAGGAGGAAGAUUCGGAGUCGGAGAACGAAGCGGAUAAGAGCAAACCCUCGGCGUCCGUGGGCAACAGCACGACGCCCGCCCGGGCCGGCAUCGCCGGGUCCUCUCCCGCCAGUCCUACCAACCAGCUGACCGGCCCCUCGUCGCCCACUAAGAAGGUCGCCACCCAACCCGCCGCCAAGGUCUCGGCCAAAGUGGAGGAGGAGCGCAAGGACGAGUCGCCGGCGUCGUGGCGCCUGGGCCUGCGGAAGACGGGCAGCUACGGGGCGCUGGCGGAGAUCACGGCCACCAAAGAGGCGCAACGGGAGAAGGACACCACCACGGGAGUGAUGCGCUCGGCCUCCAGCCCGCGCCUCUCCUCCUCGCUGGACAACAAAGACAAAGAGAAGGAGAAGGACAAGGGAACUCGGCUCGCCUACGUGGCACCAACCAUUCCCAGGAGACUGGCCAGUACAUCGGACAUCGACGAGAAGGAAAACAGGGACUCUGCCGCGCUGAUCCGUAGCGGCUCCUACACCCGGCGGCGCUGGGACGAUGACCUGAAGAACAGCGAAGGAACCACCUCCACAAACAGAACCUCCAGCUACCAGCGGAGCACGUCCCACACGCUAGCGCUAGGGCGGAGCGGCAGCACGCGGGACGUGCCGGCAAAGUCUUCGUCCACCUCCAGCUUGGACCCUAACACCUGUCACACUAAACCCUGGCAGCCGCCCGCCUCCCACUACCAGUCAUACAGCAUUUACCGCAGCGGCUCUUUCGGCAGACGAUACGACGUCUUGAGCUCCUCGACGACCGCCGCCACCCCCGCCUCCGCCGCCUCCACCUUGUCCUCCUGGUCCUCCACCACCUCAACAACAACCGCCACCACCACCUCAUCGUCGGUUACCUCGCCCACCGGGCACCGCGGCCUGGGCUCCGCCUCCACCCGCGCUGGCUCCGCCGGUCUCACCAGCAGGUACUGGUCAGAGGAGAGUGCAGAGAGGGAAAAGGACAAGGAGCGGGAGUCGGCCGCGGUCAUCCCCACCAUAAACACUGGCUCUACCACCACCGCCAUCGGCACGUCCGGCAUUAACACCGCCACCACGGGCACGGGCCCCGAACGACGCAGGUCAUACCUGACACCCGUGCGGGACGAGGAGUCCGAGUCCCAGAGGAAAGCUCGCUCCAGACAGGCCCGCCAGUCGAGGAGGUCCACGCAGGGCGUCACUCUGACCGACCUGCAAGAGGCCGAGAAGACCAUCGGCAGGAGUCGCACCCCAAAGAGCCGCGAGGAGGAGAAGCAGGACAAGGAGAAGCAGGAGGAGAAGAAGGAGUACGAAUCCAAGGAGGACGACUACCGACCAAAGUAUCGCAGCUUUGAAGACCGCUACCGCAUCUCCUCCACCACCUCGUCGUCCUCCAUUCCCACGCUCAGCACCGCCUCGGCCCCGUCUUACUCCAGCACCGCGUUGACCUCCAGCUCCGGCUGCCUCAACAGGCCCAACAGCCUGACGGGCAUCGCCUCCUCCUACAGCCGCUCCUCCAGGGACACCGAGAAAGAAAUGGACAAAAAGGAGGAGGAGAAGGAGGGCGACGACAAGUCUCAGCCUCGCUCCAUCCGGGAUCGCAGGCGGCCCCGCGAGAAGCGACGAUCCACCGGCGUCUCUUUUUGGACCCAAGAUGGGGAUGACAACGACCCUGACCGACAGUCCGACUCGGAGGAGGGCAGCAUCAAGGGAGAGGUGCAGGUGGACCGGUUGUCCAGGAACGACGGAGGCAGCGCGGCGUCCUCCCUGGACCGCAACGACUCGCUGCUCGGCUACGGCGAGAGUCGGAGGACUUACUCCAGCCGGCUGGACAGAGACGACACCACCGACUACAAGAAGCUCUACGAGCAGAUCUUAGCUGAGAACGAGAAGCUGAAGGCGCAGUUACGCGACACGGACCUGGAGCUGGCCGACUUGAAGCUGCAACUGGAGAAGGCCACGCAGAGGCAGGAACGCUACGCCGACAGGUCGCAGCUUGAGAUGGAGAAAAGGGAAAGACGAGCUCUCGAAAGGAAAAUUUCUGAGAUGGAGGAGGAACUCAAGACGCUCCCCGACUUGAAAGCGGACAACCAGAGGCUAAAGGACGAGAACGGCGCGCUCAUCCGAGUCAUUAGCAAGCUUUCCAAGUAGAGCAGACCUUCGAGACCACCACCCACCACCCACCCGCCUGUCUAUCUAGCCCCCUCUGCCAGUGACUAAUGGAAUUGCAUCGCAAGAGACAUCAGAGACUCCUUUUUUGUUUUUUUCCCAUCCCCUCCGUUUACAAACCCGACGUCUAUUUAACCAGUAAGCCUUAGUUGUACAUAAAGAAGACUGCUCGUGAGGAACAAUUAUGAUUAUUAUUAUUAUUAAUAUUAUUAUUACAACAACAACACCUGAUUUUACUUGUGCCACGCCGCCUUUUAUUUCCUCCUGUUGUAAGUGUGCUGUGCCCCUUUCUCCCUUCCUCCUGAGAAGUGCCACUUCUUUUUUUUUUUUUUUUUUUUUUUUUUAAAUAAAUCCUCACACAUGCACUCACUCACUCGCACACAUGCACACACAAUAACACCCCCUCCCUGUUCGUUUGACUUCCGAGAGGGAAAAGAAACAGAAAAGAAAAAAAAAAAAACGAGGCGGAUCAGGUGGAAUUUAAGCUUUCACUGAAUGUGCAAUAUGCAUUAUUAUUUUUGUUAUUUUUUUUAUGCUUUAUGACACCACUUGGUUUGUCGGAUGUGUCACUCUUCUCUCACUUUCUCCCCCUGUUUUUUUUGUUUGUUUUUGGCAUGUAGUGUUAGUUGGUUUAUACUCUAUUUGUCACCUUGUUUUAGCAGGUACUGAUUGAAGCUGUGUAAACACAGACACACACAUGUGUGUGUAUAUAUAUAUAUAUAUAUAUAUAUAUAUAUAUAUAUAUAUAUGUAUAUGUGUGUGUGUGUAUAUACAUAAGGCUGUAUGUUUUUGUUUGAGCAGCACAUGCUGAGUCUGUUACUAUUAAAAGUAUACAAUUCCACACAGGACAAGCAGGUGUCUUUUUAUUAAUUUUUUUUUUUUUAUUAGAGUCAAAACGUGUUUCAGGUUUCAAAGCGGGACGGCUGACAGUUUCUAUUGGUUUUUCCCCCUCCCCCUUCAAAGAAAGAAAGAGAGAGAGAAACUGCUUGACUGCAUUUCACUUUCUUUGUGUUCACUAACUUGGAUGAGUGCUGUUCUGUUCUUUUUUUAUUUUAUUUUAUUUUUUUUUAUAUAUAAAAGCUGUAGUACUAUAGCCAACGAAUCUUAGCCUCCAUUUUAUGAAAAGUCUACGUGCACUGUCGACGCCGCGAGUCCAAAACACGCCGUUGAAAUAUUCCACGCCAACUUUUACGCAUUUCAGUGGCCUUUUUAUUAUUAAGCUUAUUUUAGUCAAAAAGAAGAAGAAGAAAAAAGGAAGUCCAUCCAAAUAGACUGAUGAUGAGGAUAAUGACCAUCUGGUUAAGUUUUAUUUUUAUUUUAUUUUUCUUUCUCAUAAAAUAGGUGUGUGGCUUAAUACAUACAAGCUGUGCUGUGACUACCAACCACUGAAGAGUUCAUUAAAAAUAAACUUGUACAUUGUAAAGUU